CGCCCGGUGCAGCCCCGGAGCGGCUCCCGCGCUGCCCCAACGCCGCGCUCCGCAGCCUGCCGGCGAGCCUCUCCCGCGGCGGGCAAACGCCCCCCGGCACCGCCGGCCCCCUUCCCGCUCCGCUCCGCUCCGGGGAGGAGCGAACCGCCGGCUCCGCGCUGCCUCCGGGCAGAGCACGCCUCUGCCCCCAAAACCCCCUUCCCGCCUCGCAGCCUUGCACGGCGCUGCCGGGAGCCGGCUGGCCGCCACGUGCGCGCCCAGCGUGCCCAAAGCGCCCAUGCCAUGGCAGCCUCGCUGAGCCGCGUGUGCUUCGUCUCCCUCCACAUCCCCUACGGGCAGGCCUGGGCCCAGGACCUCGCCACCGCCUUUCGCUUCCAGCCCUUUGCCGUGCGGGAGACACCACGGGUCCGGCAGUUGGCUCUCCGGCAGGGCGCUGCCGUCUUCAUAGUCAAUAAGCGCCUGGCACCCAGCUGUGGUGGCAGCUCCCAUGGGGACUUUCUCUAUGAUGUGGACCCCCAGCCAGCCUUGGGCACAGCCUCCAACAUCUGCUUUGAGGUGGACAAUGUACCUGGGCUUUGCAAGCAGCUACAGAGCCGGGGGUGCUCCCUGCAGGUGCCCCCCACCGAGGUGGGUGAUGACAGCGGCUCUGUCACCUACGCGGUGGCAAGCUCCAUCGUGGGCAACAUCAGCCAUACCCUGCUUGACCGAUCCCGCUACCGGGGGCUCUUCCUGCCUGGCUUUCAGGCAAUCCCAGGACCCCCCCUAGAUGUUGGGGAUCAUGUUGAAAUCACACACUUUGACCACAUCACCUAUGUCUGCUCACGGGGGAGCACCAAAGUGGCUUUGGACUGGUACCAGCAAUGCUUUGGUUUCCAGCGCUUCCAGCUGAACCCGCAGGAGAGCCUGUCCAAGGGGUACACUAUCAGUGGGCAAGGGGUUAGCAUGCUCCUCCUGGCACUGCAGAGCAGCGAGGAUACCCCAGCCCUGCCCCUCCACAACUGCAAACUCAUCUUUGCUGAGUCCCUCUCAGAGGAUGGCAUGAACCAAGUUGAUACCUUCCUGGAGCAGCACAGGGGGCCCGGGAUCCAGCACAUUGGCCUCUGCACCCCAGACAUCAUAAACACAACCAGGGCCUUGAAGCAGGCUGGCGUGUGGUUUUUCAUGCCCCCUCCCACCUAUUACAGCCAGGGGGGCAAAAAGGAGGAGAUUCAGGGGGCUGGGCAAGAUCCCCAUGUGCUGGCUGAGCUGGGCAUCCUGCUGGAUGCUGCAGUGCCUGGGGACAGUGAGAAUGGCUGGCUGGCUGCUGACAUCUCAGAGAGCUCCUCUCAGAAGAAAUACUUAAUGCAGAUCUUCACUCACCCCAUCUUCCCUGAGGAGACCUUCUUCCUGGAGCUCAUUGAGCGGCAAGGUGCCCCGGGCUUUGGGGAAGCCAAUAUAAGGGCUCUGUGGAAAGCUGUGCAGGUCCAUAUGGCCCAGCAACAGUAGCAGCAACUCUGCAAGCCUCCUGCUGUCCCUGGGGGUAGGACCCCACUGCAGAUACCAGCAUGCAGCUGCAACACAUCUGAGGCUGAUAGGGACUUCAAGAAGUCCCUGAUCCACCCCAAAGCCAAGCUCAGCUCAGCGUCAGGUCCAGCUGACCUCCUAGCAUGGAGAGUGAUUUCUUCCUGUCCUUAGACUUCCCCCUUCCAAUGAUUUAAUCACUGUCUUGUGCAGACAUUUGUCUUAAUUUCAACUGAAUCUAAGCAGAUGUGUCUGCUGCAUGGACAGAUCUGCUGCAAACUGUACAGGGAUGAAGCCUCAGAACUGAAGCGCUGCCAGAGGGAAGGGAGCAGGCAUGCAAACCGCAGCCGCAUGGGGAUUACAGCCUAGAGCCCUGUCAGUUCUAGUAUAGUGACUUUCUCUUAAUGAAUUAAAAGAGUUGAACUUAAAACACUGCUUUUAUUUCUCUUCCUGUUAAGGAGGCACCAG